GCGAUUUUUUUACUGCAGUCUGCGCAUGCGACCGCUUAGUUGGUGUUGAUGUUACCGUACUGCGGCGGCAGCGCAGGCUGCGCAGCCCGAACACGUCUAAAGACGUGUCGAGGUCCCCGGGGCAAGUGUUGAUGAUGGAGAGGCUCCUAAAUAAGUGGGGAUUAGGUGGUUUAGUUGCUGUGUUUGAAGGACAUAAGUGCUAUUCUGGAAAAGGCUGCUGGUGGCCAGUCCAUUCUCAGUGAACUUGAAGAAGGUGGACCACAAAGUGCCUCUAACAGACGAAGAAUGGUGAGAAUAGUUGUAUCCCACCUCAUGGAGAAAUAUGGAAACAAACCAUCUGCUGAACAGAAGGUGGGCAUGGCAAUAUCCAUGAUUCAACAAUUUCCAGCACUGAAAGAUGUUGAAGGACCUGGUUAUGAAGCAUGGUAUACACCAGCAGUAGAGGGUGAACAUGCAAAGGGCUUCAUCGAAGAAAGGUUGAAAAAUGUGAGAAAGAGAAUGCCAAAGCAAGGGUGGACAUCUUUGGAACCUUCAAGUUCAAGUGAGGAGAACCAGAAAGAACCAUCAACCAAGGAAAAAAUUGAAGAACUAAAAUCUAAAGAAAAAGAUAUGGAGCCGGAGAACUUGGAAGAAAUGAAGCAAUGGCUUCAACAUAAUAAUAGCCCUAUCCCUAAAGUGGUGGAAUUCAUGAAGAAGACUGCACUGAAAAGACAAGAAGAAAUUCACUCAGAGAAGAAAUCUACCGUGCAUGACAUCGAGUUGCAAUGGCCUCGACUCUUUGAUGUCCCUAACAUGAUAGAUGGUGAUUUCAGAGCAGUUCAUGGGGAUGUGUCUGACAGAUUAAUCAUGAAAUGGACUCAAGAACUGGCAAAAAAACUACUGCAGUAUGGAGAAAAGCAAAGUCCACAAGUGCAAGCCGAUGAUCAAAGUGCACAGGAUGCAGGUCUGACAGCACUGCCCUUGAUACUGCCUACAGGAAAACUGUCAAACGCAAAGAAAUCCAGGGCUACGGUGAAAGAAGCAAUGGAGUCCUUCAUUGAUUUUCAGCCGAUAGGGACAAACCUCCCUAAAUACUUGGAUGGACUCAUGUCAAAGAGGCGGCAACCAUUUGUCCUGGCCCUUGGCCCACAGAAAGCGCCAGCACAAUAUUUUGCUGUGGUUGAGGGCCGUGCCCUUAAGCAAGACAGCCUUCUGAAGGCUGUUGAUGUGUGUUUCAAGUUGUUUUAUGUACUUGACCUGGAGUAUCCAUCUGCGUGCUAUACUACAUGGGAGUUUAUUCAAAAAGUUCUGUACCAGAUUGGAGACCUUGGAAAAGAGGCUGAAGCUAGUAUGACCAAAGCUAUUCUCUUUGAAAGGGGAAGUGAAGAACAGAAAGAGUGGUACCUAAAAUCCCUGGAACAGUGCCAGCAAGCUUUUGGAGAGAACUGUAAACUGAUGACGAGGAUAGUUAGUAAUACUGGUAUAUACUACGAAGACAUUCAGGAUUAUUAUACAGCUUAUGAUUACUUUGUUAAAUGGCACCAGCUAUGUAUUGAGGUGUUUGGAGAGGGUCACCCACGCACAAUAUCAGCAGCAAACUGCCUGAACGAGCCGCGGUACAAACAGAUCGCAAACGCCAAGGCUGUCACGUCACAGAUGCAGGAUACCAACAUUGAUGAUGAACUUUAUCAAGAAGGUGAUGAAGACGAUGAGGAUGACAACGACAAUGAAUAUUAGGACGACCACCCAGGCAAUGUGGUAAUCGUAUCAUGGGACUCUUCCAUCAAUUUUGUAAAGUUUAUAAUGAUAUGAAGGAGAGUGUUUUUAUAUGUAAGUUGAUAUGCUAUAUUAUUUCAGACAAUAGUUGGGUUACAGUAAUUGAAAAAUUAUAAGGAGAGUUUUAUCUGCUGAAGUCUGUGCUCAUCAUUUUUAGGCUGAUACAAAAUACAUGAUGCUGAACAAAAAGGUAAAGUUCUUUGCUCUGAGGAACAUGAAGAAAUCUACAAGCACAUGUGAUGUGAACAUACUGUACAUGUGUUAUGAUGAAUGAAUGUAAAAUGAAGAUACAUAUCUAGAAUUACUUUGAACUUUCAUAUAUGAUAAAUGGGGGAGGGGUUUACUUUAAUAUUAAAAUCGUAUGCAUCUCGGUGUAUUUUAGAUGUACACUAUUUUUCAAUACAGUAUUUGGCCAUUAAAGGAUAUUUGGUCUCCCUGCACUGUGAAUCCAAACAUAGUGGUCUUGAAUAAAACAAAAUUCAUGUCUUGUUUUCAUAAAAUUAUUUUUAUAUACUCUUUCAGCUGCAAAAUUACAGUGCAUUUACUUAGAAUUAAUUGAAAUUUAAAUGUGAAAUAGAUAUUGAAGUACUACAUGUAACUCUUGAGAUUUGGUAGAGAUGAUGUGUUACUUAUCAAACUUGAGUUGAUUUACUUCCUAUUUAAUAGGGUUAUUAGUGAUAUGAUCUUGUAAAAUCAAAGUGCAUUUAUUUUUAGAUCGUACUGAGAAAUUUUGUGAAGAGGAAUUCAUAAAUUCUUUGUUUCUUGAACUGGCAGCAACUGGUAAAAUUUCAUAAUAUUUCAAUGUUAACUUUAUUUUUCGGUUUUUUUUUUUUUUUUUUAGAUCUUUAACCCUAAUUCUCCCGGGGGGGGGGGGCCAUAAUGGCCCCCCCCCUCGACAAUUUUCGCGAUAUAUCCGCUGCGCAAAUUUUUUUGACCUCGCCGCUCACUGACUUUUUACUUUCAAGUCUCGCGCAAAUUUUGAGACCAAAUUUGUGACGACCGGAUACGCGGUUACGACAUUACGCAACAUUAUGUAAGUGCAUGUCAGACCCAAAAUUGCUCACAAACGUGAUUUCAUGUACAAAUCCAAUGCAAAUUGUGUAUUUAGCCAAAAUUCAUAAAUGUAUCAUUAUUUCUACUUUUACUAAUUGAAGUUAAUUAAUUUUGCCUUGCUUAUGAUCAGAAUUAAGUCUGGAACGAUUUCCAUUGAAAAAACAAUAAAAAAACAAAAAGUAAAAAAAACAAGGAAAUACAUAAGAAAUUCAUAAAACAAUAAAA